AUGUGGCUGGUGGACGCCGGCUCCCAGCUGGUGGAUGCUGGCUUCCCGGCUGCCUAUUUGUGUGCCAGGAGGGCAAAGGGAGGCCUCCGUGGAGGAACUCUACACGAAAUCUCUCCCGCAGGAAUCCGGUCACAGAGGAAAACGCAGCGCCUAUACGAGGCUGCUGGCUGAAUUCUCCUUUUCCUGGGGGUUCUCAGUGUAUUCUCUGGAGUUUUCGCUUUCUCCCCUGUCUCUUCUUACAAGCUUUGGUUCACCGGACGGAGUGUCUGGAUUGCUUGUCCCAUCUGGAACAGAGCUUUGGCCAUCACGACUGGUAUACUUCCGCUGUUGGCUCACAAAGAGUGGACCAAGAGAUACCUGUGGGAAACUAGUUUCACCUUUGUGAUCCUGAGCAUGAUGCGAUGUCCACUUCAUUUUGCAGUAGCCUUGGAAUCUGCUCUCCUUGGCCCAUAUUGCUUCUACUCAUUUUCAGGGAUAGCAGGGACCAAUUACCUUGGUUAUGCCGUUGCCCUUCCUUUUCCAUAUGCAAACUUCCCAUCAGCUCGUGUGGACCCACCACACUAUGAAGAGUACCACCUGACACUUCAAGCCUUCCACCUGUGCCUGAGAUUUGCCAUGCUCUGUGUGUCCCUGACUGUGUUCAUCAAGCUUUCUGCAGGACUUCUCUGGAAGAGACACUUACAUGGUUCCCAACACCCACUUGAUGAAUAGUUUCAAAGAUGAGGCCAAAACUAUCUGAGCUGUGAAGACUUUAUUAAGUAUGCAAACUUCUCGUCCUUCUAAAACAUUUCUUAAUGUAGAGAGAAGCAGAGGAAGGGUAAGUGUUAACUCUCCAUCCAGCUUUUCUAGAGCCUCAUCAAAGAGGGGAUCCCUUAAACCUAGUGAUUCUUGGCUAGUGGACUUGAAAAAGGGCGGGAUUCUUUAGCAUUAUUGGGUUUGUGGGCCAAGACUUUAAAUACUGCAGGAACUCGAUAUGAUUCUUCAUUGAUGAUGUUUAAGUUAGAAGCAUAUCAUCUGGGGCGCCUGGGUGGCUCAGUCAUUAGGCGUCUGCCUUCG